GCGCAUGCGCAGAUCUCGGGCGGUUUGGUCAGCUGACCUGCGGGGCGACGGAGCGGAUUUAGGCCGCUCUCCUCUUGGGGGUCGCCGGCGCCAUGGCUAGUCAGUCGCAGGGCAUCCAGCAACUGCUGCAGGCCGAGAAGCGGGCUGCCGAGAAGGUGUCCGAGGCCCGCAAGCGAAAGAACCGGAGGCUGAAGCAGGCCAAAGAAGAGGCUCAGGCAGAAAUUGAACAGUACCGCCUGCAGAGGGAGAAGGAAUUCAAGGCCAAGGAAGCUGCGGCUCUGGGAUCCCACGGCAGUUGCAGCACUGAAAUGGAGAAGGAAACCCAGGAGAAGAUGCUCAUCCUCCAGACCUACUUCCGGCAGAACAGGGAUGAAGUCCUGGACAACCUCUUGGCCUUUGUGUGUGACAUCCGGCCAGAAAUCCAUGAAAACUACCGCAUAAGUGGAUAGGGAAGAGAAAGAAGCACCUGUUCUAUGGGUUGGCAUCUUAUAUGCCUCCAUGGAAUAUGAAGCUUUUGCAAAGCUUGAGUUAAAAUCUUGUGAAAAGGCAUUAAAUUAUUUCUGUGUACUGUAUAGUAGGUCCUUUUGCUUUUGGGAGAACAGCAAAUCUAGUUUCUUUCUAUAAACUUAGAGUAGAGUUUAUCCAAAGAUUUCAUCUUUUUACCUCAUAUUUCUUAGAAAGUUAAUGAGUAUACUUUGUCUGUUUUUCUAUGCCUUUUAACUGAAGCAACAUAUAAAUAUAUAUAACAAUACUGACUUUUUCUUCCUUAGACAUGGUAAGAAACACUUUUUUUUUUUUUUU